AUGGCGGAGGCGGUGCUGGAGAGUGACAUUGCUUGCCUUGAUCACUAUGAUUACUUUUUCCGUCCGAACAUUCUCCAGGGGAAGGUGGCGUUUAUCACGGGAGGUGGUUCUGGUAUUGGAUUUACUAUUACUGAAGUUCUGAUGAGGUAGGGCGAUGAUUAUACCCCGCCAAUUUUCCCCUCACCCCUCACGCCCUUCACUGACCAAUUUUCUGAGGGGACCUGCUAAUUCCAACACAGUCACCUUUCUUAGGGGGCACUAAGACAGCCUAUAAUUAACGUUUGAUGCCUGAGAUGAUUCCAGUUUCUACCAAUCUCCUGCUCAAACUACAAAUAGAAAGCCAGAAAAUGACUUAGGUGCUUCUCAUUUCCAUUUAAUUCUUUCAUUGUUGUUAGACACAGCUGCUCUGCUGUAAUAGUGGGUCGGAAGUUUGACAGACUCAAAAAGGUAAUAAAUUGAAAAGAGGUCUUCAAAGUAACCGUUCUAGUAAUCAUUACAAAGCAGUAUAAGGAUAAAUUUUGACAGGCCCCUAUUCAAACCAGCUUACAGCUGAGCUGGGCCAGUUUGGUUAAAUAUUGCCGAGAAUGAAAUAAAUUAAACUUAAAUCAAUGUCAAAGUUCAUAGAGAGAUGUCUAAGGCGACUAUCGUUUGUCAGCGGCUCCCCACUGUAGUAGCAACUGUAGUGCUCCAAGCUGCAAAAGUUUGGCCACCAUGCUGAAGAGAAAAAAAAAUUUUGGUUGGAUGUGUUUUGUAGUAAAGUUCCCAAAGUGAAGAGGGUCAAACAUUUGCAUAAAACAUAUUAUUUCACAAAAUGUCAUUUCCUUUUUCUUUUUUUCCUUCUCUUUUCAUUUUUCUGGUGAGUACAAUUUUAUUUCUGGCCAGCAUUUCAUGAUUCUAGGUCACUAAAUGGUGACUUGAGUUGGUACACUUAAGUUUGAGUUCUAGACUGGUAUGUUUUGGGAACAUGACAACACUGAUACUGGGACAAUGUGUGACUCACAGGGGUAGCAAUAGGCUUUAGUUUGGAAUCUUGACUUCUUUGAUGUAGUUAUGGGUUUCUUUACCACAGUCAGCAUGACAACUAUAAAAUACCUUGCUUAAUAUUUUCAUCAUUCUUUUUGUGAACAAAUUUAGGCAGCUAAGAAACUGGAAGAUGUGACAGGACAGAAAUGUCUCCCAGUAAAGGUUGAUGUGAGAAAGGUGCAGUAAAUGGAAACAUCUUCAUUCAUGAUUAUUUCUAGAGGUUACAAAUUGCUCUCACUGACAAUUUUAAAAAGUUUUCUCAGAGUAAAAAUAUGUUCAGGCCUUAAAUCUGUUUUGUUGUUGUGACAUAAAUUGAUUAAGAAAUAAUCAGGGUGCCAAAUAGCAUGUAAACUUUGCAUAUUUUAAUAUUAAGCCAUUUUUCUGUAUCCUAACUGUGCAAAGAAACUUACUACAUACUCUGAUUCAGUAAAUGGUUUGAAGCUAGAAGCAGACUGUGCUAAUGAUUGAGCAAUUGCUAAUUCCAAUGUUAGUCUUCACAGUUGUGUAUUUGUACUACCACAGAAUAUUGUUGUUCAUCAAAUAUGUUGUUCCAGAAAAUACCCAUACCUACUCCUCUAGAAUUUCUGGAGAGGGCUUGGUGGGGGCUUCAAACAAAUGUCCCCUCCUUGGCUGUGGUGAGGCAAUUUUAUACUUCUCAUUUAUCAUAGUGUUUUAAGUUCUAUUUGUUGAUCACCAGGUGAAUGAAGUUGAUGCUGCCGUAGACAUGGCACUGAAACAUUUCUCAAAAAUAGAUAUUUUAGUUAAUAGUAAGUAUCAACUGUAAGAAUGGAGGAAGAAUCAUAUUAUCAUGUUGCAUCCAAGCCAAAUCAGUUCAAGUUUGCGUCAAAUCUGAGUCACAGACACCAAUGGAAAAAUAGACUUUAAAGUUUUUAGUUAUAUUUUACCAAAUGAGUGGACUAAGAUAAAUCCCUUCUUUUCAAUGAAGUUCAUUAUGUGAGUUAAAAAACCACCAAAAUAAAGAUUGAUGUUAAGUGCACUGCAUGGAACUCUGAGUUUUGCCCAGCACACUAACACUCUUUACUCUGAUUUUUUUUCUACUCACAUGUAGUACUUUGCUGAAAAGGAGAGACUGCUUGUAGCUACCAAAUGAGUGACCUAAAAUGGAUAUUUCCUUAUAUUAUCAGAAUUCAUAUUCUCCAUACUGUUCUCUGUACAUUUACUAAGGUGCUGACACAGAAAAUUUGUCCAACAAUCAAGAGUUUCUUUAGUUGGUGAUCAUUUUCUUUAUUCUCAUGACAUGAGUGUGUGAUUCAGUGGUGAUAUUGUAGGGAGCAAUUGGAUGCUCAUCACUCCUAAGGGUUAAAAGUUUAAGUCCAAAAAUUAAAAAUUAGGUUAGACAUUAAAAUCCACCAAAGUUCUGAACAAAGCACAGAAGUCUCGUUCCAAUUUGUUUCCCUUUAGGUGCAGCAGGAAAUUUUCUAUGCCCUGCAAGCCAGCUUUCAUACAAUGGAUUGAAAACAGGUGAGCAUUAAAAAUGACUUGAUUAGUUUUUAAUUUUUAGUGAGAGCUGAUUUUGUAUGUUGUUCUCUUGUUUGAUCCCCAGUAGAGGACUGUUGUCUGUGGAAGUAAAUGGAUCAGAUGCUUUUUUUUUCCACAACCUGAGUGGAAGUUAUACUCUGAUCAUUUACCUCUGAUAAUGAAUUCCACUCAGAUUGUCCAAGCACUGUGCAGUCAGUUCACUGAAAACUAUCCUCUUCAGGGAUAGACAACCAACUUGACAGAUUACAUGAUGGAAUUAUUGAGUUUUUUUGCCAAUAAUGUUCUGUAAUAGUUUAUUAUUUACAAUUUUUUUGUGAUAAUGUUAUAGUUUUUGACAUUGAUACUUUUGGAACCUUCAAUGUGAGUAAAGCUGUGUAUAACAAAUGUUUUAAGGUAAGAUUGUUUCUUUAAUUAACUGGAGGCAACACUUUUUAUCUAGAAGUAUGAUUUUACCUUUAGUAUUCAAUACCAGCUGUGUUUACAUCCUUAAUUGAUGAAUAAGCAUGUCUACUCAUUAGAAACACUGACAGUAAAAUUUGAAAUAACAGUGCAAUUAAUAAUAAGCUUGAACCAAUCUGCAGAUUUUACUCAGUUUGGAUCUGGGUCAUUUUUUACCCAUUUUAGUAGAAGGAUUAAAAAAAAGGUUACCUUGAUAGCCACAGCCAGCCAGUGCUUGUAAACAAGAAAUUGAUGGAAGACUUAGUUAAUUGUGAUAUUACUUGGAAACUCAGAAAACUCCAAAAAAACAAUUUUGGUUGUUAGAUUUUGAUUUUUAGGUUUACUUCGAUGGGCUGAACUUGAAUGUGACUUGUGGGUGCAGAACUGACUUGUUAAGAAUCAAAUCAAAUUCAUUUGGCUCUCAGCAACAGAGUAAUUAUUGUGGCUUGCGUUAGGAAAUAAGAAAUCCCAGAGCAGCAUGCUUCACUGAAAUUUUUCAUGAGGUAGAAUCUACCAAGUAAAUUGGUAUUUCUUUUGUAUUUGCACUGUCACCAAUGAAAUUUAUAGUGCCUGGAAAUACUAUUUUUAGAAUAAUGGCAGUGGUAACAUCAUCAACAUCACAGCCACACUUCAUCACAAUGGACACCCUUUGCAGGUCUGUAGUAAUUGUAUGCAAAAAAGCUUUGUCAGCUGCAUAACAGGAACAGGUAGAUUCAUGGUCAACUGUUUGGAGUAUGACCCUCACACAAUUUACCUAUUUCAACUGCAGUGGAACCUCCAUUCAGGGGACACCCAGGGACCAGGGCAAGUGUCCCCUAAAAAGAGGUUGGAGUUUGGUAAUAAUUUGCCAUAAAAAAAUCAUCAUCUGCAUUAUCCAAUAGCAAAAAAAUCUCUGUCAUCAAAUGAUGUGUGUUGUUAAAAAGGUCAUAUUGUGAAAGCUGUCAUCAUUGUGAUUAGUGUACACUUAAUCUUUGGGGUCAGUCACAUUUUUAUUGGUUGAGGUGUCCCCUGAAUGGGUGUUAAAUCAGGCUUUAGGACCCAGAAAAAGUGUUCUAAUCCCCUGAAUAGAGGAGUCUCUUCAAAAGAGGUAAUGGAUACCAAGAUAUUAUUGAACAUUUUUCUGGGACCAAAGUUUGUGUUCCCUGAAUGGGGUACUUCCAUUACUCUGGUCUGAGUAUCAGAAAAUUUGUCUUAUGCUCUACAACUCAUUACUUCUAUUUUUAGCACUGAGAAACUUGGUGUUAACUGAAAUCAAACAGUAUCUCCCAGUAGAUAUUUUUCUUUCUUUUCAUUACCUUUUUGCAUGAAAAUGUAUCAAUCUUGUGAGGAGAAAUUCCCUUUUGGUCAAUUUGGAAAAUGAAAGGAUUGUAAUUUUGAGGAAGCAUUUUAAAUUAAUUUUUUUCUCAAUUAGUGUCAUGCUGGAGGUGCAAAAGCUGCAAUUGGUGAGUUCACAUGAUUACAUUAUUGUAAACAUUUAUGUCAAUAAACAAAGAACCUUUUUCAUACUAUUCAAGUACUGUUAAUCCUUUGUCUUUAAAUAAAGUUCUGAGUUGCACAAUUUAUUACUGUAACUGCUGUUUAGAGAAUAAUUUCCUUCUCCACCUUAUACGUUAAUUUAUCAUGCAGAGAAAUUUGUUUAGUCAAAUUUUUAUGGUCAGGACUCAAACAAAUCCCUGCCAUUAACCAUUUUACUUCCCUAAGUGGCCAAGACAAAAUUUUGCCUUACGAUAUCAGUACAAUCUCAUGAAGAAGAUUAAGAAACAGUAAUGACAAAAAGUAUCAAUAAGGGGAAUAUCAGUUGAUCCAGUAUUAAAUUCUCUGAACCAACAUCAUGAGACUUGUAUGGCAGACAGUAAGGAAAAUUACGGCUAAUGAGAUCUGGCAGUCAGAGAGGGUUCAGCAGGGCUAGGAUUUCAGAUGUUUUCUCAUACCCUUUAAUCCCUGAUAAUCUGUUUCUUAUCUCUUUAUCAGAGGGUAUGUCAAGACAUCUCGCUGUUGAAUGGGGCCCAGAUGGUGUGAGGGUAAACUGUGUUGCACCUGGUGCUGUGAAGGACACAGAGGGUUUCUGUAGACUAGGUAACAAAUUACAGAGAAUUUACAGUUGGAAAUAGAAUCUGCAUAUUUUACCUGCACCUAAUUUAAGUUUCAUAUCAUAUACUUUUCAUAAGCUUAGAACAGAACAGAGGCCUGGAUUGCAACUGUUUUGAUUGCUAUGGUGAACAGAAACAAUUUUAGCAUCCAAAGUUUCAGCAAAAGCAACCUGUGUUUGGCAGACAUGUGGAAAGCUUUUAAUCAACAUUGUUAUAAUAGGUUUUAAGAGUCUAAAGUUAGGCUGAGAUAAACAUUUUAUUGCUUAAAAUGAAAUGAAUUUUGGAUAUGUACAAUUAUUUAAAGAAUUAAUACUUUUCCUGGCUGAAAGCUGGUCUAAAGAUUUUUCAUACUCAAUGUUUAACAUUUAAUUUACCUUAAUCCCUGUUCCACUUACAAGGUAGUGCACUUCACAAUUUUCUUUCACUUUAAGUCUGAAGGAAGCUUUAACUGUACUACAUCUUCACAGGUGGCAAACAUCUCCCACCAAACUUCAUUGAGAAUGUACCUUUACAAAGACUGGUUUCUCGCCAAGAUGUGGCAGAUAGUGUACUCUUCCUGGCGAGUGGUGCUUCAGCUUUUAUCACAGCAAACACACUGGUGGUAGACGGUGGUAGUAGGAUUACAAAUUCUGUUUCCAUGACCACAAUGAACAAGGCAAUUAGCAAGCUGUGAUCUGUGAGAAUCAUGUGUCCAAUUAAGUUGUAGCUGAUGGGCACUUGUGCAAAUCCCAAUUACAUGCUAAUUUUUUUAGGCUCAUUUUUUCUGUAGUUUCUUUUAUUUCAGUUAAUCUUAACCCUUUGCACCCUAACACAAUUUCCUUUAUUCUCAUGAUCUAAAUGAAUGAUUCAGCAGUAUUACAGUAGGGAGAAAUUAGACACUGGUCACUCCAAGGGUUUUAAGGGUUAAAAUAACACUUCAUCACUUGUGGAAUAUUUGCAGGUCAAAAUACAAUAUAGUAUAAACUUGGAAAUGUGGAACUUGAAUGACAGUGGUGGGAACAUUACUUGUUGCCAAUAGGCCUUGGCUGAUUCAUAUAAAGUUUCUUAGGAGAAAAAUUUUUUAAUAUGUUUUAUCACUGUGAUUACGAUUUUUCUUGGGCUUUUUACAUAGCAUGAAAGUCCCAUCAUCUUGAAGCUGCAUGAUACCAACACAAUUCCCUUUACUUGAUGAUAUACCUGCAAAUUGCUUAAAAUUUAUUGUUUUUUGGUUUUUUUUUGUUAAUCAAAAGUACAAGAUAAUUGAUUUUGUUGGGCAUCUUUAAUUUCUUAUCAAGAACCUGAAGUCUUGCAUCAACACUAAGAAAAUGUCAAAAGAUGUCCUCUUUAGUACCUUUCCAUCUUAGGUUGGAAGUAUUCAGGGAAAGUAUGGUCAUUCAAUGAUAAUUUUCUCUUCUCAGACUCAUUCAAGUUUUGGUAACUUCAAGUCAAAUUUGUGAAAUAGCAUUGAGUUUAUUAGCCAAGGAUGAAAAACUGUGUGAUACCGGUAGUUAGCAGGUGUAUUGGAACAGAUUCAUGAUUGAUGUCUGCUCAUGGCUGGCAAAUUUUGUUAAGUGGAUAUAGAAUAAAGUGAUAUAAAUUAAAUAAAAUUGAUUUUUGAAAAUAAGCAGCUGAUGAUUGCAUUGAUUGACUGAUCUUAACAGACCCUUUCUUUGACCUGAUUUUAAUAGCUAUUAAGCUAGAAAAGGUUUUUGCAAACACCCA